AUGUUCCGACAAGCCAUUGCCACCUCUUCCAGGGCGCUGCGCUCAACGCCGAGCAUCGCCGCCAGCCGAGCUGUAUUGCGGCCUCAGUUCCAGACUGCUGCUCCCGCCGUCUCAAUAAGAUCAUUCCAGCCUGCCGCCAGCCGGUGGUACAGCGAAUCCAAAGAGUCUACAGAGUCCAAGGAGGCUCCCAAGGCCGAGGAGAAGGCCGAGGCCAAAGAGGGAGAGAAGAACGGCGAGACUGACGCUGUCACUCAGCUGAAGAAGGAUCUCGAGGCCAAGGAUGCUGAGGCUCGUGACUGGAAGGACAAAUGCCUUCGCACCGUCGCCGACUUCCGCAACCUCCAGGACCGCACAGCACGUGAGGUCAAAUCCGCCCGCGACUUCGCCAUCCAAAAGUUCGCAAAGGACCUCGUCGACAGCGUCGACAACCUCGACCGUGCCCUGUCUACCGUCUCCCAGGAGAAGCUCAAAGCCGAGAACAAGAACGAGGACCUCCAGGAGCUCGCCAACUUCUAUGAGGGUCUCAAGAUGACCGAGAACAUCCUCAUCCAGACACUGGCCAAACACGGCCUGGAGCGACUGGAGCCCGAUGGCGUCAAGUUCAACCCCAACGAGCACGAGGCCACCUUCAUGGCCCCUCAGCCCGGCAAGGAGGACAACACUGUCUUCUUUGUGCAGCAGAAGGGCUUCAAGCUCAACGGCCGUGUUCUGCGUGCUGCCAAGGUCGGCGUCGUUAAGAACGCUUAA